AUGGCUUACGCUGCACGAGCUCUGACUCUGAUCGUGCAGUUCUGGGAGCUUACCAACAAAGCGAAUUCGCUCAACAUUCUGUUCGUUCUCGUUGGUUAUAUCCUCAUGCACACAUCAUCCAUUCAUUUGUUCUUCUCAGCUCGUGCACUUGGUUCCAACUUGAAGCUCAGCGUUGCAAUCUUGUCAUCAUCCAUCCUCGCUUUCACACUCGCUCUCCCCAUCUCACACUACCUUGAGAUUUCUUUGGAUCCAAUAAGUCUCACUGAAGCUCUGCUCUUCUUUGUGCACGUGGUUGGCUUCGAUAAGCCCCUCUGUCUUGUGGCCGCAAUGAGACCCGCCGGCGAGGUACUCAUGGAGGCCACCGAAAACAGCUGCAAUGCCAUCUUGCGCGAUUACGCACUCGAGAUACAGUCAAAGAAGGAUUUAGAUGACCUCGCUUCUUCUACCGCUGCCAAUGGCCAUGCUUGCAGCGGUCAGGCAACACCAAACGGCGCGGUAAGUCCCCUCUCAAAUGCCCAGCGCCCCAUAUCCGCCGCACUCUCGCCAGCGCAGUUCUCUUCCACACACCCAGCGGACGCCGUGCCAAAGACGCUAACAGAUCCGUGGUUCUCGGGUGAAGGACCAAAUGUGCCUCGCCCCAAUCGUCCCAAAGUCCUCGCUCGCCGUUUGCGUGGAUCGUCCUCAUUGACGUCCUCUUUGACUUCCGCGUCUUCCACAGAGCUUGAUGAAGACCAGGUAGUCUGUGUUGUCGGACGAGGUGGUGGAGUCGGAUGGGCAGAAGUUGUCUGA